AUGGGGUGUAUGAGCUCGAAACCCGUCGACGCGACGGACAAGGAUGCGCUUCAGCGGACUGCUCGGAUUGAAAAGGUUUUGAAAAAUGAUAAAAAGAAUCUGGAUAGGACCAUCAAGAUUCUCCUUCUUGGUGCUGGAGAGUCCGGAAAAUCGACAAUCAUCAAGCAAAUGCGGAUUAUUCAUUCGGGAGGGUUUCCUGAUGAAGAGCGGCGCCAAACACGCGCGGUAAUCUAUUCCAACCUUGUAAUUGCGUUCAAGGUCUUGUUGGACAUUAUCCGCGCGGAGAAUAUCCAAUAUGAGAGCGAGAAGACGCAGCCAUUGGCGGCUCUAGUGGACAGUUUAGAGCCUGACGUAGGCUGCGACGAAGCCUUUUCAGACCUCAAAGUACGCGACGCUAUGAUAGGCAUGUGGGGCGACCAAGGGGUGCAGAAGGCCGUCGCUCGGGGGCAUGAGUUUGCUCUUCAUGACAACCUGCAUUACUUUUUCACGUCGCUUGACCGGAUCUUCACACCGGGCUGGCUUCCCGACAAUCAAGACAUGCUGCAAGCUCGUUUACGGACGACGGGGAUCACGGAGACCCUGUUUGAGUUGGGCCAGAUGAAUUUCAGAAUGAUGGACGUUGGUGGUCAACGGUCUGAGCGGAAGAAGUGGAUCCACUGCUUUGAGGGCGUUCAAUGCCUUCUUUUCAUGGUCGCCUUGUCCGGUUACGACCAGUGUCUCGUAGAAGACCAGAAUGCCAACCAAAUGCACGAAGCCAUGAUGCUCUUCGAGUCUCUAGUCAACGGAGAAUGGUUCAAGCGGAAACCCAUCAUUCUCUUCCUCAACAAGAUCGAUCUCUUCAAGGCGAAACUCGACGUGUCCCCGGUAUCCAACCACUUCCCCGAUUACAACGGCUCGAACGUCGACUUCGACGCUGCCGCCAGGUACUUUGCCGAUCGAUUCCGUGGCAUCAACCGGAUACCAGACCGCGAAAUCUACGUCCACUACACAAACGCCACUGAUACAACCCUGCUGAAAGCAACCAUGGAUUCGGUGCAGGACAUGAUAAUCCAGAAAAACCUCCACACCCUCAUAUUAUAA